UUGUUUGGAAUGUAUGAUUUUGUGAGAGAUGUAAUGAAUGGUGAGUACAGCACCAAGUCCAUGAGAGAAGAGGGUGGUUAUGAGGUGAUUAAGAAAGCCAUUGAAAAGCUUGGAUUGAGACACAAAGAGCACAUUGCAGCAUAUGGAAAAGGUAAUGAGAGACGUCUAACUGGAAGACAUGAAACUGCAGACAUCAACACAUUCUCUUGGGGUGUGGCAAACCGUGGAAGCUCAGUUAGAGUUGGAAGAGACACUGAGAAACAAGGGAACAUUAAUCAUGAUAGAAACCGUGGCGACAAAUAUGGUUAUUAAAAUGAUGUCAAAUAA